AUGGACCCAUUCUCCCUCGAUGACCAAUUCGAUCAGCAGCAGCAACACGAGUGGCAAGAGAACGACUGCCAGGAUCACUACUUUCAGAUCCUCGAGACCGACGGCAACACCUACUCUGAGGUGGCGCUGUUCUACCUCGGCGAUGGCAGUGCCGGUGCUCCCGUGCAGUUUGUCCACGGCGUGAGGAUCGAGUACAAUCCGGCUGCCAAGAAGGACGGUGGCCUCUGCUACAGGCCCAUCCAGCGCAACGAAGCCAAGGUGCCUCGUGAUCUUGCGCCCUACGGCAGGGUGCUCAGCGACUUUCUCGCAGGUCUCUCUCAGUGGCCACACGCGGACAUGGCUGGCACAAGCAAGGCGAAGAAGGCAAAGAACAACAACAACAAAAGGAGGAAGAAGAAGGCCUUUGAUGGCCCCGGCGUGCAGGACAUCGAAGCCAUGAUGUUGCCUGUCAACUGGAACGACGUGCCGACGGCGGUGGCAUGGUUGGCCGACAUGCUCUACAUGCCAGAGGCGUGGCGCGACCGCCGACUGAGGACGGCCACCGUGUCGGCCUGCGACCUGACCGAUGCGCUGGCCCAACUGUGGGCCUAUGUGCUGGCCAACACCGCGCAGCCCAUCUUUGCCAAGCCCAGUAGGGCCGACAAGAGGCAGCGUCAAAAGAAGCACGGUCGACCCGUGCUGGACGCCGCCCGCACCUGGCAGGAAGAGUGUGCCAAGAACAAGCCCCUGACGGCCGAGCGCACGGCCCGCCUGGUGCACGCUCUGCGCGUCCUCGGAGUGCCGGACGCAGAAGACCUGGCUGUGGCCAGUCCCGCCUUCCUGUGUGCCGCCGGCGCUGAAGCGGCCCUCGCUGGCGCCGUGCUCGACAAGUACCAUGUGGAGCCCUUCAAUGGGCCGCUCAGGACAUCCAUCCCUGUCGACGUCUUCCAGGCGUGGUCGGUCGCGAUGCAAGACCCCGCUGCCACCACCAGCCACCAGCGGGGGCUGCUCUACUUUACGGCCUUUACCAACGGCGUGCCGGUGACCGCCGAAGACGAAGCCGACAUCGAAAGGAUGGCCGCUCGACUGACGGCGAUCGUCUUGCAGGAACACAUCGACGAGUAG